UUUCUCUUUCGUUUUCAUCGGAACGUAGGUUUCUUGUUCAUCCCUCUCCAAUAUUUCACCUUAUAUCUGCAGGUCCUCAACAUCCAGAGCACACAUGAGAUUUGCUGGGGAGUUUUAGUCUAAAUCUACCUCUCAAGAACAAAACUUGCAGCAGUUAUCAGCCAACCAAAAUGACGAAUUCAGAUUCCAAACUAAGCUUGAAGCUGUUGAUUGACACCAAGGCCCGCAAAUUUCUAUUUGCUGAGGCUGAAAAGGACUGUGUCGAUUUCCUCUUUCAUAUUCUCACAUUGACUAAGCUUCUUAAGGAGAAAGGAAUGAGUGGAUCCUUGAUUAACCUCUACGAAAGCGUAGAAAAUCUGAAGGAUAGCUAUGUCCAAUCGAACCAAUGCAAGGAUAUCCUUUUAAAACCCAAGUCUUCAGUUGGGACUAUCUCUUCAGUACCUUUUCUAUUGCUUAAUGAUGUUCCGAGUAAACGGAAUUUUUAUGGAUGUAGCUACUCUUUGCAUCACGCAAAAGUUUCUGAUGACCCUAGUGCUGUCUGUCCAGAUUGUGGGAGGUGUACGAUGACAAGAAGGUUAACGUAUGUUGCUCCACGGGGAGUGAAGGAAGCUGCCACAGCUACAGGGGGGUUUGUGAAGGAGAUGGUGACAUACAUUGUUAUGGAUGACUUAGUGGUUAAGCCUAUGUCCGCCAUUUCUAGCAUUGCCCUUCUAAACAAGUUUAAUGUCAAGGAUGUUGGUGUACUAGAGGAGAAAGUAGUAAAUUUAGGAAUGGAAGAGGCCCUGAUGUUGCUGAAGGCAUCUUUUGAGUCGAAAACAGUUCUCAAAAGUGUUUACAUGAGCACAGUUCCCACAAGUGCUUCCAUGAGCCGUGUGAAGCAGAGAAUUAGCUACAACACAUAAUAAAAUUGGAUGUUUCAGUUUAUAAUUGUCCUUUUAGUGGCUUCCUUUUGUUUGUAGGUUUAGUUAUCCAUUGCUAAAUCUUAUUUUGAGAUUCCCUUUCACUAUGCUAACUGCUUUCACUCGAUACCAAGAUGCUUGAGGACAGAUACUAUAUAUUACAAGACUGAAAGUCAGUGGCGGAUCCAGAAUUCUCAAAGCGUGGGAGCUCAACUAUUUUUAA